AUAAUGAGUCACACACUCUCUCACCCUUCCUCACGUCCUCUCUACACUUCCACAUAUUCUUCAUUUUCCAUGGCCGAACGUAAUUCAGACUCGCAGGUGAACCUCCACGGAGACCUUUAUGUGAAAAUCAUCAAGGGCUGGUCCAUGCACUCGGCCUUCAAUAUACCCCCAGCCCCUAUCGUCACAGUCCGUCUCCGCAAACUCAACUUGGCUUGCAUGCGCGUCGUGUUUUGCAGCGAAACUGAUAUGCAUCCAUCUCCAUUAUGGGUCCAGCCCUUCCAGAUUUCCCUGGCUCACCAGCUCCCCAACUCGGACUCUAUCCACUUCGACCUCGAGUACAACAACAUCAUGGUCGGAACCGCCUUCGUCCCGAUCCAACGAAUCCUAACCGGCGAAACGAUCCUCGAAUGGUUCCCGAUAUUGGACAAUGGUUAUGAGCCAGGAAGUCAAAGUGGUGUCGCCAUUCUCAUCGAAAUGACAUUCAACAAUUGCGAGUACAGUCCGUUGUACCGGUACGGCAUUGCGUCGGACCCGGAAAAUUUCGGGCUUCAGAAUACUUACUUUCCGGUUCUGAAAAGCGGAUCGGUGACGCUGUAUCAGGACGCGAACGUGCCAGACGGGAUGCUGCCGGAGAAGAUAGAGUUAGACGGAGGGAAGGUGUUUGAGCAGAAAAAGUGUUGGGUGGAUAUAUGCCAUGCGAUAUUGGAGGCAAAACAAAUGGUGUACAUUGUUGGUUGGUCCAUUUAUCCCAAGGUGGAGCUAGUAAGAGAGCAGACGAGGUGGCCGUUGCCUAAUGGUGUUGCCGAUUACAACUUGGGGGAUUUGCUUAAGUAUAAGGCCGAGGAUGGCUUGCCAGUUUUGGUCAUUGUUUGGAAUAAUCUGUCUGGUAAGAUCACCACUCACGCUGAAGAAACUCGCAAGUUUUUUGAGAACUCUUCCGUUUCAUGUGUCCUAGCACCUCGACCCGUCAUUAAUGAGUUAAAAAAUUCUCAUUAUCCAUUGACGGAAAUAGAAAUUGUGGAUUCUGCCAUCCAAUAUACGGUCAAUGCAUUUCUUUAUUCACAUCAUCAAAAAUUUGUGAUUGUGGAUACACAAGCGUAUGAAAAUAGCAGAAAGAUAACCGCUUUUGUUGGAGGUUUAGACCUUUGCGAUCGCCGUUAUGAUACUCCUGAGCAUAGACUAUUUCGUGAUCGUGACACUGUAUUUAAAGAUGACUAUCUUAAUCCAACACUUCCUGAAGGAGUGAAGGGUCCAAGGCAACCAUGGCAUGACUUACAUUGCAAGAUAGAAGGGCCUGCUGCUUAUUUCAUGCUCAUUCAUUUUGAGCAGCUUUGGAACAAUUUCGCACGAUGGUCAGAUUUCGGGCAAGGCUAUAGAAUGGCACUAAUUCAUGCUACGAUGAGAUUUUUAGACGUGCCCUUACUCAAUCAUUCCCAAUCAAUUCCAAAUGACGACCCUACAUUUUGGAUUUACAUGGAAGAUGAUCUUGAAAACUGGCAUAUUCAGGUUUUCCGCUCAAUCGAUUCAGGGUGUUUGAAAACAUAUCCUACAAGAGCUCAGAAUUUGAUUAUAGAGAAGAGCAUUCAAUCAGCAUACAUCCAAGCGAUUAGAUCUGCCCAACAUUUUAUAUACAUCGAGAAUCAAUUUUUUAUUGGAUCAUCAUAUGCAUGGCCAUCCCACAGAGACGCAGGCGCCAAUAAUUUAAUUCCCAUGGAAUUGGCAUUAAAGAUUGCUAGUAAGAUUAGAGCGAAUGAGAGAUUUGCAGUGUACAUUGUCAUACCAAUGCAACCCGAGGGUCACCAUUUCACGACUGAAAUUCUCUUUUGGCAGGGCCAAACAAUGCAAAUGAUGUAUGACAUCAUAGCACAAGAGUUGAAAUCCAUGCAUAUUGAAAAUUCACAUCCUGAAGACUACCUUAACUUCUACUGUCUUGGUAAUCGGGAAGAACUACCCAAAGAAGUGUCAGUUCCACCUGAUCAAUCUUCCCAAAAUGGAUCGGCUUCCAACUCAGAACAACCGAUUCAAAAGUUCAUGGUUUAUGUACAUUCCAAGGGAAUGAUUGUAGAUGACGAGUACGUGAUAUUAGGUUCUGCCAAUAUUAAUGAACGAUCUAUGGCUGGUUCAAGAGACACCGAGAUAGCUAUGGGUUCAUAUCAACCCCAUCACACCUGGGCUAAGAAGAAGAGCCAUCCAUAUGGUCAGAUAUAUGGGUACAGAAUGUCACUUUGGGCAGAACAUUUGGGGACUUUACAUGAUUGCUUCAAGGAGCCUAAAGAUUUGGAUUGCGUAAAGAGUGUGAACAAGAUUGCUAUAGUUAACUGGAGCAAGUAUAAGGCCGAGGAUUUUACCCCAUUGCAGGGGCACUUCCUUAAAUUCCCUAUUCAGGUAAAUGCCAAUGGGAAGAUAGAAGUAUUGCCUGGAAAAGUGCGUUAUUUUUCAGAUGAUGAUCAGGGCAACAAUUAUUUUAAUUAUUUUAAGGAGGUUAUUUAUGCUUUAACUACGUAG